GUUCCAAUAGCUGACUGUGCUUCCUAUCGCGCUAUGGGACUGUGCUUCCUAUCGCGCUAUGGGUUCCUAUCAAACAGGUAUCUGGCUCGCCGCAACAACGAGACUCGCAGACCAUAAGUCUCGAGACCGGUCGCCGGAAAAUAUCACAUCCGAGAAUCCAGAACCAGAGUUGCUGGGCGGCGACUCGAGUGUUGCAACUGCGGCGGGCACCGGAAAUCCUCAAAUACGCCCUUUCUCCCUUUUUGUGUCUCCUGUUAUUUUUAUGCCCUUGUUCUUCUACUUGUUGCUAUUAUUGAAUUUCUUUUUCUCUCUGUUGUCAAUAAGCGGUGAAAUCUUCCAAGUAGUCUUCCGUUUGUUUGUUUGUUGAUUCUCCUUCUAUCUCUCUAUUGCUUUUUGUAUGCGUUCCCCUUCUGAAUUUGCUUGGUAAAGACGAAGAAAAGGAUGUCUGUCAGAAAGAGGGAUUUUAGUUCGUUUAAGGGCGAGGUCUCUAGACGGGAUGGAUACACGAAAUCUCCGACUUCAUCCCUGGCGGCUGGUUCUUCUCCGCCAAUCGAUCACGCGGGGCGGUUUCCCUCGGCCACCUUGACGAGGCAGCGAAAGAAGCCCGUCUUCUCCUCCUACCUCGACUUGCCCGACCUGUCGCUGAAAAUCAAACAGCUGUGCCAAAUUGUCGCCAACACUCCGACUUCCCGCGUGGAGCCUGCGCUCGACGAGUCGGGACAUAUGGUCACCCACGAGGACGCUGAGGAAGUGUUGAAGCUCUCAUACGGAUUCCCUGGCGCUGCCGUAAAGUUCUUCCGGUGGGCGGGACGGCAACUGGAUAAUAGGCACAGCCCGUACGCGUGGAACUUGAUAGUAGACAUUCUAGGGAAGAAUCGGUUGUUCGACGCGAUGUGGGACUCUGUGAAAACCAUGAGGAGAGAAGGGAUUUCGUCGCUAGCGACAUUCGCCUCUGUCUUUAGCAGCUACGUCCUGGCCGAUCGGGUGAAUGAGGCCAUCAAGACGUUCGAAGUUCUGGAUCAGUAUGGCGUCCUUCAAGACGUUAUGUCUCUUAAUUCGCUCCUCAGUGCGAUCUGCAGAGAUGGACAAACUUCAGAGGCUGAUGAAUUCUUAAAAAAAGUAAUGGAUAGAAUACGGCCAGAUGCUGAUAGUUACGCUAUUCUCUUGGAAGGUAGGGAGAACGAAGGGAAUGUCAUAAAAGCUCGGACUACGUUUCGGGCGAUGAUCAGUCAAAUUGGUUGGGAUCCAUUCAACGUUCCUGCCUACGAUUCAUUCCUCACCCUGCUGGUAAAAGAUUCAUUGAUUAAUGAAGCUGUGGGAUUACUGAAUGUAAUGAGAAACAAUAACUGUUCGCCAGGGUUGAAGUUCUUCAAAACUGCAUUAGAUGUGCUGUCCAACAAGGGCGAUCUUCCUGCAGCUUUGCCAAUAUGGAAAGUUAUGGUUGCGAGCAGAAUAAUGCCAGAUUUGGCAAUGUACAAUUCAAUAAUUGGGUUGCUCUGUCAUUCACAUGAGAUGGAAUUGGCAUUCAGUCUUUUUGAUGAAAUGGUGUAUCAUGGAGCCUAUCCUGAUUCACAGACUUACAAUAUUCUAUUCCAGACUCUGGUGAAGAAUAGGAAAGUGCACGAUGCUGCUUGUAUUUUUCAUGAAAUGGUGAAAAACGAAAGCCAGCUCAGUCCCCGUAACUGCGAAAUGGGAAUUAAGUUGUUCCUGGAUGAAUCACAUCCAGAUAUGGCCAUCAAUAUUUGGAAGCAUGCUGUACAGUGGAACAUCACAAUUAGGGAUGAAAGUGCUAAUGUUUUAGUAUCUGGCCUUCGGGAGCAAAGUAGACUGCCUGAGGCAUGCAAGUAUGCAGAGGAAAUGCUUAAGAGAGGGGUUUCAUUGAGCUCCAAAGAAUUGUCAAGAUUGAAACACAGUCUGAGUAAGGUACAGAAAGAUAAAUUGUAUGAGAAACUUGAGAAAUGACAAAACUGUGUGGUAGGGCUUGAUCAUGUGAAGGUCUGUUUUUAUCAUUUAGAAACAUGAAACAUACCCGUGCUUGUCAUUUUGAAAAAGAGGGCGUACUAUGAUCUUUCAUGUGAAGGCUCAUGGGAACAUGACACUGCUCCAACAUCUUCACUUGUUUAAGAUACCAUCUGUAUCAGCUUGGUACAGUCAUUGAGGGAUUCUUUUCACAUCUGUGCUUUGUGUUUUGCAUGCCACAGGUAUUGAAACCCUUGCUUCAGCCAAAUUAGCAGUCAAUUUUGAAUGAUAAUUCUGCAGUUUUAUCUGAAAUCCUGUAAGAAGUCAGACUUUUUUAAAAAAGUUCUGAAAGUAAUGAUUUUGCUUUUCUUAA